GGGGCAUUCCAGCAGGCGCGGGCAGCGGCACCAUCGGCGCCCGCCCGGAGCCCCUCGCCAGAUGAGGAGGAACUUGGGAGGGGCUUCACCGCCUGGUCUCCACCCCGCUACCCGCCACCCGCUGAAGACCCAGAGGGUGACCCAGUGGAGGGGCCUGGCAGGAAGCGGCCGAAGCUGGAGCCCGUCCCCGCAGACGGCCGGGCAGCUGCCGAUAUGCCAUCCCAGGCACAGGCAUCUUGGACCCCAGCCGGGCCCCUGCUCUGUAACGGGGAUGCCGUGGCGGGGUCGCUGGCCUCCCCCUGCUCCGACGCGCUACCUAGCCCUCACCCUCCUGGCUGCUGAGGCCGGGGUUCUGGGUUGGCAAGCUGCUCUCUGGGCGCCUGAUGCGGCCCUGGAAUCGAUUGGGAAUAAAGCCAAGUUCAUUAACCGCUUUUCCCGUGCAGCCCGUCCAUGGGGGGCGGUGGCUGCUGGCCGGGGCGGCUUUCCCAUGCUCUCUACAUGCAGGGGUUGAGGGAGCGGGGACUCGGAGGGGCCGCCUGGGACACCAUAGGGGCGUAAAGGGCGAGUGUUUGGCCGGCCGAGCCCCCCAUGGCCAGGCAUGGCCCUCAGCGCGCAGCAUGCCACAGGUGCUCCGCGACCCUGUCUCGCACAGCUCGGUCAUGCUCCUGGGGCUCUGCCGGGGCGUCAGGAGAAAGGCGACCGGCGGGCGGCAGCCAGGGGUCCUCGCCUGGGCCCUCUGUGGCUGGCAAGGGGAGCUGCUGGCGCACGGCAAUAUUGUGCAGCAUGACACAGGCAGCCACGAGCUUGGCGACGGUGAACGGCUGCAUGGCCAGGCGGCCGCCCGUGUGAUGGAGGCAUCUGAAGCGCAUUUUCAGCUGACCGAAAGCACGUUCGAUCACCAUCCUCGUGCGCCGGUGGGCCUGGUUGUAGUUGGCUCUGUCGGCGGGCUCAUCCGCAGGGUAUGGCGUCAGGAGGUAAGGCAGCAAUGGAUAGCCACGGUCACCUGCAAGGGGAGGCGGAGUUAGGA